CAUCAUGAAGAGUCUCGUAUUACUUGUAUUAUUACUAGUUAUGUGGUUUAAGGUCGCCUCCGGCUUAAGAAGGAUUCAUUAUGAAGGAAACCAAAAGCCACAUCAUCCAAACCUCGAAAGUGUUAUUGAAAUGUUUAAUGAAAAUAAUUUCGAUUUAUCACAGGAUCAAAUUAAAUUUUGGUAUCAGUGGGAACAUGAAAACAAGCGAGAAUUGAAAUUGAUAGUUAUCGACAUGCUUCUGACAAUUUAUCAGCAAAUCAAAAAUGCAGAAAGCUCAAACAAGUCCAACGAUGAAGAGCAGAGUAUUUUUUACUAUGACUAUGUGAAGAAACAAUUUCAAGAAAAGGAAUCUAAACUGUUAAGCAAGAAUGAAAUUGUAGAAAAUCAAAUAGGGUUUGUCAAAUGA